AAAUGGGUUAUCUCAAACAGAUCGACGUGGAAAACUUUAAGUCUUGGAGAGGGAGGCAGAUCAUUGGACCUUUCCUGCGCUUCAGCUGCAUCAUCGGCACAAACGGAUCCGGUAAGUCGAAUGUAAUGGAUGCCAUCAGCUUUGCCAUAGGAGAGCGAUCAUCGUCUUUGAGAGUGAGGCACCUGAGUGAUCUAAUCCAUGGAGCGCACAUCGGACAACCUGUGUCCAGGUCUGCCACAGUUUGUCUGAGGUAUUGCAACAAGGAAGAGGAGGAGACAUGCUUCAGUCGCACCAUCACUGGCGAUUCUUCUUCUUACCGGGUGAAUGAGGUCCAUGUGACUUUGAGCCAGUACCUGAAACAGCUGGAGGAGAUCGGCAUCAUCACCAAAGCCCAGAACUGCCUCGUCUUUCAGGGGGCAGUGGAGUCGAUUGCUCUUAAGGACCCUAAGGAGAGAACUAAGAUGUUUGAGAGCAUCAGUCAGUCCAGAGAGCUGGCCUCAGAGUACGAGCAGAAGAAGACCGCCAUGCUUCGCGCUAAAGAGGACACACAGUUCCACUUCAACAAGAAGAAGUCUGCUGUGGUGGAGAGGAAGCAGGUCUCACAGGAGAAACUCGAGGCAGAGAAGUACCAGUCCCUGUUGGACGAGUUAAAUGAGCAGCGUCUUCAGAUCAGUCUUACCAGUCUCUUCCACAGUGAGAGGAGUAUCAACUCUCUGUGUGAGGCUCUGAGACUCAAACAACAGGGGGCAUCAGUGAAGCAGAGCCAGGUGAGUGAGUGUGAGCAGAAUGUGAAAGCCCAGAGGAGAGAGCAUGGACGACUGCAGAGAGGCACACAGCUCAUCGACAAGGACAUAAGAGUUCAGGAGCAGGUGCUGUCCCAGUGCCGCUCUCAGUACAUAAAGGCCAAAGUGAACUCGUCUCACCAUAAGAAGAAGGCAGAGGAGACACGAGUGGCCCUGAGGAAAGCAGAGGAGCAACUGGAGCUAAAGAAACAGGAGCUGAGAGAGGGGAGGCAGGAGGUGGAGGAGCUGGAGGAGGCCUGGAGGACCUAUGACCGAGAGGCCCAGAGGCAGCAAGUGUCCAGGGACAUACAACUGGACCAGGAGCAGUUGGAGCGUUACCAGGAGCUGAAGGAUCUGUACCGGCGUCAGAGCGCAGUGUUAAACCAACAAGCUGAAAAACUGCACUGGGACAUCAAGGCUGACCAGGAGAGACUGAAUUUAGACCAGCGCAAACACAAGGAGGUUCAGGCUGGGAUCAGGAACUUUCAGACUCAGCUGGAGGAUGUGAUGUGCCGAGCUGAGAAACUGGAGGAGUACACUGCCACCUGCAGAUCCUCCAUCGAUGCCCUCCAGGAGCAGGAGCAAUCCCUGAGCUCAGAGUUGCUUACAAGCAAAGCUAGAGCAGAGCAGGUUCAUGAGAUGCUGGGGGCAGUGCUGGAGGAACUGGGCAAUGCUCGACUGGAGACCCAUGAAAACAAACGCCAAUGCCAGAGGAAGGAGGUCCUGGAAAGGCUGCAGAGACUUCCGGAUACCGUGUAUGGGCGGCUGUCAGACCUGGUCAGUCCCAUUCAUAAGAAGUACCAUCUCGCAGUAACUAAAGUGUUCAGACGCUUCCUGAAUGCCAUUGUGGUGAGCUCUGAGCGCGUGGCCCGUGAGUGCAUCCAGUUUAUUAAAGAGGAGCGCUGUGAGCCUGAGACCUUUCUGCCCAUCGACUACCUCGACGUGCAUCCUCUGAACGAGCGUCUGAGGGAACUGUCUGGAGCCAAAAUGGCCGUGGACGUGGUUCAGGUGAGCUCCACAGCCAUCGCUCCACAGCUGCGGAGAGUGGUGCAGUUCGUCUGUGAGAACACUCUGGUUUGUGAGACCAUCAAAGAGGCUCGAGCCCUGGCCUUUAACAAAUACGAGAGACACAAGACGGUGGCUCUGGACGGUACCAUGUUUGCAAAGUCAGGGGUGAUUUCUGGAGGCUCCAGUGACCUGAGGAGUAAAGCUCGCUGCUGGGACGAGACUGAAGUGAAGAACCUGAAGGAAAGGAAGGAACAGCUCACCAAAGAACUCAGUGAGCUGAUGAAACUGAGGAGGAAAGAAGCCGAUCUGAAGCAGAUCCAGGCUGAAUGUCAUGGAGCUCAGACCAGACUCAAGUACUCUUCUGCAGACCUGGACCUACUGAGGAGGAGAGCUCUGCCAAAGAUACAGGCUGACAUCUCUCGUCUGAAGAGUGACCUCACAAACCUAGACUCAGAAAUACUGAUGCAACAGGAACAUCUGGAGGAGAAGGAGCAGCAUCUGAAGAGGAUCAGGGACCAGAUGGACCAGAUGGAGGACAUGGUGUUUGCUGAGUUCUGUGAGGAGAUAGGAGUGGAGAAUAUCAGAGAGUAUGAGCAGGAGCAUUUGAAACACCACAUGGAGCACGAUAAGAAGAGGCUGGAGUUUGAGAGUCAGGUGGCUCGUCUGAAUGCUCAGCUGGAAUAUGAACAGACUCAACUCCAACAGCAGAAGAAGAAACUGCAACAGCUCCAGGAGAUGUUGGAGAGAGAGGAGAGAGCGGUGGAGGAGCAAUCUCAGAACGAGGAGAGCCUUCUGGCCGCAGUGGAGGAGGGACAGAACAAAGCCCUGGAUCUGAAAAACCAACUUCUGUCCAAGAAACGUCAAGUGUCCAGUGCCAAAACUGAACUGGACCAGUGGCUGCAGAGACUACAAGAGAUCAACAAGGAGCUGGUGAAGCUGCAGAGGGAGGUGAUGACGUUGGAGUCGGAGUUGGAGCAAAAACGACUUUUCAGACACAACCUUCUCCUGAGCUGCAAGAUUCAGGGUCUGCCCAUAAGACUUAUAUCAGGAGACCUGAGCAACGUGUCACAGCUGGAGGGAGAAUCUGAGAGCACUCUGUCCACUGUGGAAAUCUAUGAGAGAGAAGCUCAGAUCAUCAUUGACUACUCUGACCUCAGACAGGACAUACAGGCUCUGCAAGAGGGGCAGGAGGUGGAGGCAUGUGUGGAGCAUCUGACUGACUCACUACUGUCCCUAGAGGAGGUUCUGGGUCGUACCGUGGCUCCAAACCUCAAAGCUCUGGAGAAAAUGAAACAGGUCAAGGAGAAGCUGCAGGAUGUUAUGGAAGCAUUUGAUGCAAGCAGCCGUAUGGCCCGAAGGUGCAGUCAGGAGUUUGAGACUGUGAAGACUCAGAGGUGUCAGCUCUUUACUCAGUGUUUUGAACAUGUGUGUGUGAAGAUCGACAAGGUCUACAAGAGGAUCUGCAGAAACAACAGUGCACAGGCAAUCCUGAGUGCAGAGAACCCAGAGGAGCCGUACUUGGGCGGCAUCAGUUAUAACUGUGUGGCUCCUGGGAAAAGGUUCGUGUCAAUGGAUAAUCUGUCUGGAGGAGAGAAGGCUCUGGCUGCGCUUGCAUUUGUCUUCGCCAUACACAGUUACCGUCCAGCUCCGUUCCUGAUCCUGGAUGAAGUGGAUGCAGCUUUGGACAAUUCCAACAUUGGAAAAGUGACCAGUUUUAUCCGAGAAGAGUCCCGACAGAAUCUGCAGAUCAUUGUCAUUUCUCUGAAGGAGGAGUUUUUCUCCAAAGCCGACGCUCUGCUGGGAGUCUAUACUGAUUUGGACGAGUGGAUGUUCAGUCGUAUUCUGACCCUUGACCUGCGCCCGUAUCCUCUCGCUGACAAUGACAACGGGCAACACUCGCAAAAUGGCCACCGCCACUAAGCCUCAGACUGCCAUCAAUCUCCC